GACCCUCUAGGGAUGAGCCUAGAGUGUUUGGCCUUGACAAGUUCAACGGUGACAACUUUGCUGAGUGGUCCUUCAAGAUGGAGAACAUCUUUGACCAUUAUGAUCUGCUGGAGGUGAUGGAAGGAACGGAGAAGUACCCCGAGAACGACCCGGAGAAGAGCCCGUGGGUGCGGAAGAGCGCACAAGGCUACCUUCUACUUGGGCAAGCGUUGGGGAGCAGCCAAAUCCGUCACAUCAAGCCUUUUCAGCGUGAACCAGCAAAGGGACCAAAGGCAUGGGCUGCUCUCAAGGGUGUACACGCUCCUGCAACAGCGGCGGUGGCUGUGGUUUUGGAGCGGCAAAUGGCGGCACUUCGAAUUGACGAAGGCGAACCGGUGGAGGAAGGAGUGCAGAAAUUCUUCGACUUGUUGACACGGCUCGAAGGAGCUGACCUGAACUACAGUGACCUUCAAAAGAAGACCAAGCUGCUAGCCUUACUUCCGGACUCAUGGUCCUCGCUCAUCAUCAACCUUAAUCGAGAUCUGCCCCGUCUCUCACUCGAAGAUGUGAAGCGGGAAAUCUUACAAGAAGAUUUCCGCCGUCGCGAAUUGGCGGGUCCCGAUGGUGCCGGAGUUGCAAGCAUGGGCCGUGGGCACGGCCGUGGAAGGGGCAGAGGGCGAGGAGGCAGAUUUGGCAGCAGCAACUUCAAUGGAGGCCGUGGUAAUGGAGGAUAUGGCAGCAACAACAAUGGCUACGGGCGUGGGCGCGGUCGAUUUGAUGGCGAAUGCCACUUUUGCCACAAGACCGGCCACAUGUGGAGAGAUUGCUUCAAACUACCUGAUGGCUGGACCCCCUCUCAAGGCCAAGAGGGCAGAGGAGCAAGGGGAGGAAGAGGCAGAGGUCGUGGAGGCCGUGGUGGCCGUGGAGGCGAAGCGGCAAGCAUGAAAGGUGGAGACUACGACAAGG